GGGGGGGGGGGGGAGUCUUUUUUGAAAAGCCUGAAACGUAUCAAACAGUUCUAGACAUUAAACAAAUACCAACAUAUCAGCUGUAGCAAGCAAAAACUUCUCCUUCACAAAUAUGGAGGGAGAGGGGUUGGAGGAGAAUCAUCCCUAGGCACUGGCUCUUGAUGAAUCCCAAAGCAGGAAGGUAUCUAUUAAAAGGUAGGAGAGUUUUCCACAGCUUCACCUUGAGGCUAUCAUUUGUCCAUGUAGGGCUCAUCAGGCCCAGGAACCAUCAGGUAAAAAGGAAAGCCUUUCGCUGGUGUGAUGAUGUAUACCCACUCAGGCAUCCCAGACACACAGGGUCAAGUAAAAAUGUGUCUAGAAAGAGGGACAGUUUCUUAGAUUGGGUAGGGGAUAAACGAUCUUGUGUUCUAUGGCUAAAAAGAAAUGACCACUACCACAAGCAACAACACUUGUGCUCCAAGGGGCUACCCACCAGCCAAGGAGACAAGACCAGCGCAGAGUAACAGGGACAUGACAAAGGGCAGAGCCCAUUUAAGCUCAUUUUAAUAAAAAGCAAUUAUCUUGCACACACUAUCAUUUCAGGAUUGUUUCUCAAGGUCACGGAUAUAUGAAAAAAUGCACCGUCUUGUUCUUUUUUCAUGAAAUACUCGCAUGCAUUCCACGAAUAAAACGUUAAUAUCAAGACAUAAGAUCACGUUUGAAUGACCUCAACAGCUAUUAUAAUUCUGUCAAGUAAUGACUAAGGGAAUUUAAUCAGGAAGAGCUGCAUGCUAACUAAUCUUCCUUACAAAUGCGCACUAAACAUUACGGAGAUGGAUAACAGCAACAACUAAGAAUGAUUCUAAGUUAUUUUAGCAACAAGAGUUUUUUUCCCACAAAGAUCACUGACAGUUCCUUUUAAUCUCCCGCAGCUAACGGUUUGAUGAAGUGCGGGGAGGGGAUUGUGUGACGCGUCCGGCAUCCUGAAGCCCUUGGAUGGCGAGUCUCGCAGGAACACCGAGAAACGGGGCACAGAGGACCUGGAGGACACAGCAAGCACCGCGGGGUAGCCUGCCCCCUCCCAAAGUGACUCUAGGCGCCACCCGCCCGCAGACCUAGCCUCCCUGCUUAGCUAUCGGAUUGCUGCCUCCGCCGCCGCAGCGAGAAUCUUAAAAGCCCGCCCCUCGAAGUGAUUGACAGGCAGUUUUCACCAAUGGCCAAUGCGCUCAGCCCCGGCAGGCUGCGGCUGGCGGAGGAAUCUCACAUGCCCGUUAGUCCCGGGCAAGGUGUUGCGGCCGGCGCCAUUUUCUGAGCCUGCCCGUCUCGGGUGCCGCCAUGUUGGUGAGGAGAAAUCACCGUUACGGCUACUGUCCAAAUCCCCGCGUCGCUGCGCGCCACCCGCCGGCUCCCACGCCUCAGCCUCCGGCGGCGAAUACAGACUAGAGCGGCAGCGCCGGCAGCGCGGGGCCGUUGCCCCAGUCUUUGCAGUUAGAGCCCCAUCUCUCUGGCGUGGUUGUUAAUAGACUGGAAAGUCUGUGUCUGUGUCGCUCACUAGUAACCGUGAGUUUUUACCACUUCGUCACCCGUCGGCGGCGGCCGGGAGCAGGUGCCCGCAGGCGGCGCAGGGGUCCUCCCCGCGCCCCGCCGCCGCCGGCCUCCAGACCUGCCCUCCAGCCCCGCCCCGUUCUUGACCAAACAUGACAGACUCUGAACAUGCAGGGCACGACAGAGAAGAUGGUGAAUUAGAAGAUGGUGAAAUAGAUGACGCAGGGUUUGAAGAAAUACAAGAUCAGGAGGCAAAAGAGAAUGAAAAACAGAAAAAUGAGAAAGCCUACAGAAAAUCAAGAAAAAAACACAAGAAAGAAAGAGAAAAGAAGAAAUCCAAAAAAAGAAAGCAUGAGAAACAUAAGCACAACUCUCCAUCUGGUGAUGAGAGUUCUAACUACAGCCUGGAUUCAGAUGUUGAACAUACAGAAAGUUCCUAUAAGAAAAGAGCUAGUUUCUACAGGGAUUAUGACAUUCCAUUUUCUCAGUCUGGAGCCAAGGAAUACCACAAAGUCAAACCACACAACAUACCUCACUCAAAAGAUUUGUUGGGAAAGACACAUGAGACUGGUUGUUUCUGCAUGGAUGAAAAGCAGCAAAGAACUGAGCUGGAGCAUGGACAUAUAUCAGGAAGUUACAUGACAUCAAAGAAGAGUCAACAUAACAAAAAAUUCAACAGUAAAGAAUAUGCUGAGUCUAGUUUCUACAGUGAUGACAACUUUGGUAACUACAGUGAUGACAACUUUGGUAAUUACAACCACGAGGGAGAAGAAGACUUUUCCAGUCAGCUGAAGUACUAUAGACAAUCUCAGGAAUCUUCGGGGUCAUCAUUUUCUAAAGAAUCAGGGAAAAAACAGAGAACUAAAGGAAGCCCGCCAGGUACUGAAUAUCGAAUUAAAAGUUUUAAUACUAGUCAUGGACAUACUUUGCCGAAGAAAAUCAAAAGAAAAGAACACCGUGGGGCAAGAGUGACUAAAGGCCCUAAUGUUUUUUCAGGAAUGGAUGACUUUCAAGAGUACAAUAAGCCAGGGAAAAAGUGGAAAGUUAUGACUCAGGAGUUUAUUAACCAGCACACAGUGGAACACAAAGGAAAACAGAUCUGUAAAUACUUCUUGGAAGGGAGGUGUAUUAAGGGAGAUCAUUGUAAAUUUGAUCAUGAUGCAGAAUUGGAGAAGAAAAAGGAGAUCUGCAAAUACUAUUUACAAGGAUAUUGUACCAAAGGAGAAAACUGCAUUUAUAUGCAUGGUGAAUUUCCUUGCAAGUUUUAUCAUAGUGGAGCAAAGUGCUACCAAGGAGACAACUGCAAGUUUUCCCAUGAUGAUCUGACUAAAGAGACAAAGAAACUUUUGGACAAAGUGUUGAAUGCUGAUGAAGAACUUACAAAUGAAGAUGAAAGAGAACUGGAAGAACUUAGAAAGCGUGGCAUAACUCCUCUCCCCAAACCACCCCCAGGAGUCGGGCUUCUGCCAACCCCAACAGAGCACUUACCCUUUUCUGAUCCUGAAGACGAUUUUGAGACAGAUCUUUCUGAUGAUAUGAAGAAAAUUCCAUCUCUUUUUGAAAUAGUCGUAAAACCUACUGUGGAUUUAGCACAUAAAAUUGGGAAGAAACCACCAGCAUUUUACAGCAGUGCCUCACCACCAGGACCACAGUUUCAGGAAGGCAGUCCCUGUCCACAGCACAUGUACAAUUCUGAGUCAAGUCCAGAUCUGGGACCUAAUGUGCCUCAAGGUUGUGAUAGUCCUGUGAGGCGUCCAGGCUCCCCUGGACAUCACCCAUGUGUGGGACCUCCUGGUCCACCAGUGCACGAGAGUGCACCUUUGCCACCUGGUCCACCUGAAACUGUAAGCUCCCAUAGUCAAGCUGGAGGGCUUACUCAGUUGGACAUACUACCAGCCACGGGUAGAGCUUAUCAUUCCCCAGGCUUUCCAGGACCUGCAAUGAAAGUCCCUAGAGAGAACCACUGCUCUCCAGCCUCACUGUACCAGCAAAUGCCUGGAGAGAUGCAGCUUAGCACAGACUCCGCAUCCCCUCAAGUCCCAGCCGAGGUUUACGAGGACUACUACUCACAGCAUGCUGCACAUAGUUUUCAACCACCUGAUAACUGUGCUGAUGAGAUGUGGCCUGAAGAAUUUGCACCCCAGCAGCCUCCCACUGCCCAUGACUCAUCUAACCUUGGGAGUGGGCCUGACACCAGCAGCAAUAUGACAGGUCACUGCCCUCUGCCUGCCUCAGGGCUCCCUCCUGCAGUGCAGAGAGCUCUUUUCAUCCGAUUGGCUCAGAGAUACCAAGAAGAAGCAGCUGGCACCCAGCCUCAUAGAACAUCAAGCAAGGAAGAAGGUUUAAUAGAUGAUACAGUUAACUGGUACUCCAGCAGUGAAGAAGAAGAAGGAAGUGGUGUCAGGUCAAUACUGAGAACAUUACAGAAACAAACAGGAACUCUAAGAAGUCAGCAGCACCCUCCCCCAGAGCUUGGCAUUCCUACUGAUCCAAGACUUACUAAAGAGAAGAGGAAAGGAAGUCAGGUGGUUGACCCUAGGCUUCGGACUGUCCCAAGGCAAGACAUUAGGAAGCCUCAUGAGUCUGUCCCAGUGGAUCUUAGACUUGCGUGGGACCCCAGGAAAUUAAGAGGGAAUGGAAGUGCUCCUGGAGGCUCUUCUGCUAGUGGAGCAAAGUGUGAUUUACAUCAUGCAAAUGCUGGUACAAAUCGCAAACCCAAAAGAAGAGAUGAUGAUGAUGAAGAUACAGAACGAGAACUGCGAGAAAAAGCCUUCUUAAUACCUUUGGAUUCUUCACCUGGAGUAGUACUUCAGGAUCCAAGGUCACAGUUAAGACAAUUCAGUCACAUUAAAAUGGACAUUAUCCUAACCAAACCCAACUUUGCAAAACACAUCGUGUGGGCUCCAGAAGACUUACUUCCAGUACCUUUACCUAAACCUGAUCCAGUAUCUUCAAUCAAUUUACCUCUGCCUCCACUUAUAGCUGACCAGAGGCUCAGUAGGUUAUGGAAUACAAAAAGUGACCAUCAAAGUGCCCUGUCCCUUGAUCCAAAAUCAGCAGCCAAAGCCAAAAUGAAUCUAACACAGAGAGAGGGCUACUUAGAACAGUGUGGAGACUUGCAUAGUUCAGGAGGUAAAUUAGGAGACCCUAGGUUGCAAAAGAAUUCUGACCCUAGGCUUCACAGACUGCCCAAUACAGAGUUACAUCAAGUGGCUAUAAAGGACUCACAUGUAUCAAAGAGUGCCCCAAACUUAGCCAGAUCAAACCCUACUUUGUCCCAGCCUUCAACAGCAUUACCUACCAAUGCUGGUCCUGUGGCUCUUCCUCCAUAUGCCCCCAAACUAUCUUCUUCAGCUGGCCUUCCAAUAGGAACUUCAAGUUCAGUUCUUAGUGGCAUUAGUUUGUAUGAUCCCAGGGAGAAGGGUUCAUCAUCUUCAUCAGAGCUAGCAGCCAUUUCUUCAGAAGAAAAUGCAGAGAACCAGGAAACAAGUGGUUUAAAAAAUAGUGAUAAAAAUGACCCUUCCCCUGGAGAAGUGAUCCUACAGAAAUCUCCUGCAGACAUGGAAGUCCCUGUUGAGGGACCAGUAGACAUGCAAGCAGAUACUCUGGGGAGUACUGAUAAGGUCCAGGUUCCCGCUCUGCACAGUCUUCCUAUUCAGGCCUUAACAGGCUUAAUUAGACCUCCAUACAGUGACCCAAGGCAGGCCAGAGAGCCAGGACAGGGAAGCCCAGCCCCAGACGAUGACAAGUCUCUGAAAGAGGUUUUUAAGACAUUUGAUCCAACUGCGUCACCAUUUUGUUAGCUGUUGUGUAAUUAAGCUGUUGCCACCCUCUCACAGUUCUCUGCUGUUUGUAACUGGUUUACCUCUAUAGUUUAUUUAUUUUUUAAAUUAUAAGCAUUUUUCAGCUGCUAGUAUCAGGACCACAUGAACUUAUAUCCUCUAAAGUCUGUGGUAUUUUAUAUAAUAUUUUUAUAACUUCAAGAGACUGUAGUAUAGAAAUACAUAUCAUGUUAGCGUUAGUAAAAGUAUUUUUUUUCUUUUUGGUUUUUGAGACAUGGUUUCUGUGUUGCUUUGGAACCUGUCCUUGGAUUAAAGGCGUGCACCACCACCACCCAACUAGUAAAAGUACUUUUUUACUUGUAAGUAAGUGAACUAUCAUGAACUCAACACUCAGCCCAAGUAAAUGCCAGUGUCUUUCAUAAUCAAUGUUUAGGUUAACAACUAACACUUUUAUAUGGUUGUUUAGUUUCAAGCAAUAUGAUAUACAUUAAUUUUGAAAAUCAGUAUUUUAACUAGGAUCAUCUCUGCCAGCACAAAACUGAUUAGUUUGUAAAGCCAACUGCUAAGUAAAAUGCAAGGUGAAAACAUUUAAAACCAUAGUUAGCUCAGCUCGUGUUUAAGGGCAUCACUUCAUUGGCAUUGGCAACACUGUUUGUGUACAUGAAGCACUUGAAUGUUGUAUCUUUUAAAAGUAUUUUAUUGUACACUGUAUCAUAGAAGUCGAAGGAAAUAAAUAAGAUGUUUUGCUACAGUAAAAAAAAUUCCAGGUUCUGUAAUAGAACUUUUAAAAUUUAAUUUUUCAUAUUAAAUAGUUAUGAGUUUAUUGCUGUGUCACAUUGUGAUAAUUAUGUAUUUCAGAGUUUGGUCUUUAGUUACAUAAUUUUUAUCUCUUUCAAAUGAUGUAACUGCAAUAAUUGUGUUCAUUAUGACUGGCAAUUUUUAACAAUUUUCAAAGUGAGACUGUAGUAAUUAAUAAGCUGAUAAUGUUUUAAAUGUCUAGUUUCUAUAUUUUUUCUUGCAUAGCAAAAACUUCCACUGAGAUGGCAGAUAUAUUCCACUGUAUAGGGUACCAAUAAACAAUCUUUUAGAUCUCA